UUAAAGCAGGUAUCUUAUACAGGUUGCAUUAGCAAUUUUAAUGGAAAAAGUUUAGGGUUACGGCACUUUGUGCAGUUUUAUAUAAUACACCUGAUUAUUAAAGGUAAUUUAUAUCCUGUUGGCAUGUUUAAACACGCUUGCAUGCACAACAUAUCACAGUCAUUUGGGGUGUGAUUCACAAACUCAUCUAACUAGCUGAGGACAAUAUACUGGUUGUAACCUCACUGACGUCUCUGUUGAUUUAGUGAUAACAUAAACCGUGAACUUCAUUCUUGUGUGUGGUGUAGACAUGGAGAAGAUGGUUGAAUGCUGUCUGGCUUUAAUUUACAUCUUGCUCACGGUUGCAAGUGUUGGGUUAUUGGUAGUGAAGAUUGUGGAGGGCCGGUCGGUGAGUUGGUUGGUUGUCCUGAUGGUGUCUGGGGGGAUAUUAAGCUGUUUGGUCCAUUCAUAUGUUCUUAAAGUGGGAUUAGUCAGUGUAGUGUGUGGUUUGGUGCACUACAUAGGGAGAAAUGAAGUCAUGCUGCCUGUCCUGAAUAGAUCCGUUCUGAUCACAGGUUGCGAUUCCGGUCUGGGUCAUGAUCUGGCCAGGUUUCUGGACACUGCAGGAAUGAGGGUGUUUGCAGGGGUUCUGGAUGAGUCGAGUCCUGGAGCUGUGGAGCUGAAGAAAGCCUCAUCCUCAAAACUCACUGUUGUCCAGUUAGACAUCACAAACAUGAGCCAGAUCAAGCAAGCUUAUCAGUACAUCCAGAGUCAAACAGGUGAAACAGGUCUCUGGGGACUGGUGAACAACGCUGGAGUGCUGGGAUAUGUGUGCGAUGCAGAACUUUUGCCAAUUCAGUUUUAUCGAAAAUACUUGGAAGUCAAUUUCAUUGGUAGUGUGGAGGUAACACAGAUCUUUCUGCCUCUCAUACGGCAAUCGAAAGGAAGAAUUAUCAGCAUAUCGAGUAUGGCAGGAGAAAUCCCUCUUCCUGGAUUUCCAGCGUAUGGGGCAUCUAAAGCAGCUCUGAGCGCAUACAGUGGAACAAUAAGACAGGAACUGUUCCGCUGGGGAGUCAAAGUCAUUGUUAUUCAACCCGGAGCUUUCAAAACCAAUAUUUUGGGCAAUAGAGAGCAUUGGGUUCGCGUUCAUAAUGAGAUCGUCAGCGGUCUGUCACCGGACGUGAUGGAAGCGUAUGGUGAAGAGUACAUUAGCUCAUUGCAGGAGCGGCUGGUUAAGAUGACUUCAUCAUCGAGCUCAAACCCAGGGCAGUUUCUGGAUGCUUUGAAACACGCGUUACUCUCCUCAAGACCUAAACCCUUUUAUUACCCAGGAGCUGCAGCUUGGGCACUUCCAUUUUUCUACAGACACAGCCCCACCUUCCUAUCUGACAUGAUUUUCUCACGCAUCUUUAUGCCUCGGGACGUCAGACCAGCACAACUCUGAACGAUUACCAACUAUGAAACCCUGCUCACAUGACUAGUUUACUGCUAUGAGAUUUAGAGCAUUAAAGUUGUCAUAACCACAAAAAUGACAAAAACAUGUAAUCUGUGAUGAUUAAUGCUGUAAUUGACAGAUUAAUAACUAAGCUAAUAUACAAUACUUACCCCUGGUUUUACACACAAGGCUUGAGGCUAGUCCAAGACUAAAACACAAGUUUGAGCUGUCUCAAGAUAUAUACACCAGUAACGUCUUUUUCUAAGUCAUGUUUAUAAAUGAUGCUUAAACAUCUUCAUUUAACUAAGGCCUAGUCCUGACUUUAGCCAAGCCUUGUGAGACCAGGCCUUAAAGGUGCCAUAGAAUGUAAAACUGUAUUUAUCUAAACAUAGAUGAAUAAUAAGAGCUCUGUACAUGGUAAUGACCUAUCCAACUUGGUUUCCUCCUCCUUAUGUAAACCUUGUGCAUGCAAAAGACCGCUGGAAAGCAGACCAAUCUCAACAUAACACCAAUUGUGACGUUACAGUCGAGAUGAACUCCACCAACGUUAAAUUACACAUUAAAUUAAGGACAAUGUUGUGACUGCUGGGUUAAUACUAUAUGCUAAUAUUUAGGCUGAAGUUCUAUUGACGUUACAGUUACGUUUUGCAGGUCAAGACUGUAAAAAAUGUACCAUUCAGAAACAUUCAUUAACAAUCUCCAAACGAUUGAUUAAUUCUUUAAAUUCUGUAUCUUUGUCUGAUAGUGAUGGGCGAUAUCGAAGCACGCUUCAUGUGGCUUCGAAACAUUUACGAAUCUUUUGUUUCGAAUCAUUGGUUCGGAGCUUGUUUCAAACUGGCCAAAGUCACGUGAUUUUAGCAAACGAGGCUUCAUUACGUCACAACUGUUUCGAAAAUCUGACGAUUCACCACUAGGGGGAGUUGAUCACAAUGACCAGUGUAGAUGAACUCGGUUAAGUUUUAUUGUAAAAGUUUAUAGAACAUUCAUCCUUCUGACUAAUAACACUACCAUUUUGUCUACUUUUUGUUUAUAGACAAAUUUAAUGACAAAAAUGUGCAUAAUUAAAAAGGAAGUUUGUUUUAAUGAUUUGUUUGCCAUAAAUAAAACUAAAUACACAGAAUACACUUUUAAUUAUGUCUUAAUUAAAUAAAAGAAUGUAUUUUUCUUAAAAACAUAUUUUCAGAACAAUCUUGCUAUUAUUUUGUAAAAAGUGUAAAUAGUUUGGACAGAUCUUGCUGCUUUUACACUAUUUUGACCAGCAGGUGUCGCCAGCGUGUAUGGUGUUUCGAACGCUACGAAAAACUGAAUCAAUUUACGAAGCAAUUGGUUCAAAGCCUCAAAAAGCUUUGCUUCUCCCAUCACUAUCUGAUAAAGGCUUAAACAAGAUCUGUUUACACACACACAGCUACAUAAAUGAGCUGCUCUGUGAAACAGCCAAUCAGAGCAGAGCUCAACAUUAUUAUUCAUGACCCUUUCAAAUUGAUAAAAAAAAAAGUAAAACCGUCUCUGAAUUUAAAUUGCACUUAAUAAAGCCACAAACCUUCUAUGUAGAUAUCAAAGAACUUAACAGAUUAUCUCAAUGCAUUCUUUGGCACCUUUAAGUUUUUAUUUAUAAC